AAAGAAAUAAAUGUAUAUAUUUAAAAAAAAACAAAAUAAUAAUAAUAAAACAUGUCAAAUUUCUAAAAUUAUUAAUCUUAAAAUUAAGAUUAAUAUAUUUUUAAAGAAAACAAUAGUCUAAACUAAUGUAAAUAUAAUGAUGAUGAUGACAUAAAAAAAACUGAUUAUAAAGAAAUAGCUAAAAAAUAAAAUACUCCUGAAUAUGAUUUAGAAAAAGGAUUAUCUAUUUCUGUCAAAACAUUAUAAAAACAUUUCUAAUUUAAUUCUAAAUAAGAAUAACAAAUACCUAUAAUGGUUUCUGUAAAAACACUCGAACAGACAAUGGAAUAAAGUGAAAAAUAAAACAUUUAAAACAAUUCUAUUGAAAAUAGACCUAAUAUUGAUUUAGUUUGUGUAAUAGAUAACUCGGGUUCAAUGCAAGGCCAGAAAUUAGAAAAUGUCAAGAAAGCUUUACUAUUUCUUCUUGAUUUUAUGAAAGAAAAUGAUAGACUUUGUUUGAUUUUAUUUAAUAGUUAUGGUCAAAGACUCUGUAGAUUAAUGACUACAAACUAAUAAAAUAAAAAUGAAUUUUAAAAGAUUAUAAAUUAACUUUUUAGCAAUGGAGGAACAGAUAUUAAUAGUGGAAUGGAAAUUGCUUUUAAGGUUUUAAAAGAAAGAAAAAAUUAAAAUCCUGUUUCAUCAAUAUUUUUACUUUCAGAUGGUUAAGAUAGUUCUGCAGAACAAAAAGUUUAAUCAAGCUUACAAAAGCAUUUACCUGAUGAGAUAUUGACUAUUCAUUCAUUUGGAUUUGGAUCUGAUCAUGAUCCUGAAUUAAUGAAUAAAAUUUGUGCAAUGAAAGAUGGAAACUUUUAUUAUGUUGAAAAAAUCGAUUAAAUUGACGAAUUUUUUGUUGAUGCUUUAGGUGGCUUAUUCUCUGUAGUAGCUUAAGAUAUUAAAAUUGAUGUCAAUAUCAAUAUAGAAGAUUAAAACUUUAAUAAAUAUUUAAAAAAUUGUCGAGUAAAUAAAACUUAUGGAGAUAUGUGGUAAUGCUAAAAAUAAAAUCAAAAUUUAACUAUUAAAGCUAAUUAAUUAAUUUCUGGAGUUUCUAAAGAUUAUGUUUUUGAAUUAACUAUUCCUCAUUAGGAUGUUUAAAAAAUUGAGGAUUUUGAAAGAAAUGUUGAAUUGAUUAAAGUAUAGAUUUAAGCUAUACCUAUAAAUUCUGAAUAUACAACUUCUGUAGUUAAAAAUGCUAAUUUAGUAUUGACUCUUUUUACUGAAUUUGAAAAAAUUGCAGAAGAUUCAGAAUUUCAUGAUGAUGUUGAAUUUAAUUAUUUAAGGGUUAAAGCUGCAGAAGCUAUGGAUUUAGCAAUUUAAGAAGCAGAUCUUUAAAGAUAUGAUUAAGGAUAGUUAAUUUUAUAAAGUAUGAUUAAAAAGAUAGAAUUUUCUUGUCCUUAAAAUAAAUAAAAAUUAUAAAAGAUAGUUGAGGAUUUGGAAGAAUGUAAAAUUAAAGCUAAACCUUAAGUAUAUGAGGAAAUCGGAAAAUGUUAAAUGAUGAUGAAGAAAAAUAUUAAUUAUAAAUAACAAUCGAGAGCUGUUGAAUAAAUGGAUAUAAACUAGAAUAAGUUAUAAUAAUAAAUGAAUUAUAAUAUAAAAAUAAUGAAAACAGCUAAGAAAUGAUACUUAAAUAAAUCUAUAUAGUUACAAAA